CAUUUUUAGAGGUUUGAUAUGUGGUUUCGCUAAAUUCUUUAGUUUAAGUUUUUUGUAAAACUGUAAAUUGAAAUUUUUUGAAUGUCAAUUUUAAACUGUUAAAUUUUCUUAUGUAUAUACGAAUUUAAAUUUCUAACAAAUACUUCAUUUGGAUUGUGACUGGAUAACGCAAAAUAUGACUACUUCCUUGAAUACCCAUUCUAGCCAGGAAGAUAACGAAGAAUAUUCGUAUUCUGAUUGUUGGGAAGAAAAGCACGACAAUGAAACUGAGAAGUCGGCAAAACUUUUUGAACCAGGAUCAAACGUUGAAAAGAGCAUCAUGUGUUACACUAUCGGCAGUGCCAUCGUUUUAAAAGAAAUGCUGAGACAUCCCGGAAUAUUACAAACCGUUGUUGGUUUUACACGUCCUUACAGGAAUUUUAUUUCAAUGAAUGAUUCUAUGUUUGGUCCUCAAUUGCGUUGUGAUUUGCAAUCAGCAAUUGACGAUAAUACACGGCUUGUCGAAAGUCACUUUGAAUUUCACAAAAAGUCCAGUAAACUGCCAAAACUAUUCAGUGACAUACUAAGGAAACUACAUCAGGAAAUUUCCAUGUGGUUAGUGAAAUUCCGAGACUAUGGGGAAGAACUUCGUGAAUAUACCAUGGAGAGAGAAAUUGAAAAAGAAAAUUUUCUGCAACUUCAAAAUCAAGCCCUCACUGUUUGCCGUUUAGCAAGACGGAAAGAAUGUGAGCUGUUGCAAACACAGCGAGAAAUCUGUAAGUCACCCUCUGCCGAACUAUUACUGGGUAAUUUGUCCUGUGAUCAGGUCAUAGAUCACAUUGCUAAAUUGCAACAGUAUUUAGAAAACGUUCGAUGCGUUGCAAUGGUAAAAACUUGGGAACUCCAGGUACGUGAAGAUGGAAAUAAGCAACUAGAAAAUAGUAAUCGCAUACUGCAGGAGGCUGAAAAGGAACUAACAAAUAUUAUUUUCGGGUACGAAAAACGCUUUAAAACGUACGGGGAUAAAUUGGUCCGUGCUAAUGUGAGAUCACAAAAUAGGAGAGGGAUUGAUCAUUGUCAUACGACGCAUCAGAGAAUUCCAUUAGUUGAAAGCAAUAAAAAACAAUGUCCUGAAAGUGAUUUAGAAAAUACACUUAACUCUCCGGAAUUUCCUCGACCUUUCGUGAAAUGGACAUUUAUUCCUUCAAGUUCAUCCGGAAUGGUGAAAGAGGUCGGUCCAGCCAACAUGCUAUUGGGAGCAGAAUCCGAGUUAGUAAGGCCAAAAUGUUUUUCGAAGCAAACACGCAAAUCUUCUGGUGCUACCUUCACAGUGCCUAAUCUACCAUUUCCACCAGUAACGCAUCGUUUCGCGUCCCACCGCAAAUCUGCGGGACAAACCGAAGUUCAAUAUGGCACCAAUAUCUCGAGGAAGAAUUCAGAAAGUAGUUUGAGUGGUUCAUCCCCUAGCGAACAAGAAAUUAACCAAAGUCGCAAUACUUCUUACACUGGGGAUUGUAGUUCCAGUGAGUCGACGCUCUACGAUGAGAUCCAGGCAAGCAAUGGGGUUGUGCAGGUUAGAAAUAACCACUCCCAUAAUGACGAAGUCAAGUUGAAUGAUCUUAGUAAUCAGUAUGGAGACCGUAAGAACAGACAAACAUUCUCAUCCCUCUCUGAGAUAGAACAAUGGGAUUAUUGGACUCGCACUACUCUGCUGGAUCGUAUUUCUGAGGAGAGUGACGAUGAGACUGAAAAGGAUUCUGUCAUACAUGAUGAUGAUGAUGUUGUUGAAAGAUCUUCGAUCCAACUAAGAUCAGCAGUAGAUUCUUUUGUUCGUUUGAGCGAUAGGGCUAAACCGGUGGAAUUGGCGGGGUACUAUGGUGCCUAUACGACACCACAGUUUUCUAACAUUGAAAAAGGUUCUUCCGAAAUCUCCUUUGAAUCCCCAAUUGCAUUUCCAAACCAAUUCUUCGACAAUUCAACUGAAGGAUUUGAAAAUCAAAACGCAGGAUAUGGCUUUCAAGGCAAUAUGUCAGAUUACAUUGGUCAAGAAACAAGCAUUUCCAAUUUAGUUACAAAAGUUGACAGAUUGACUGAAAAACUUCAGGCGAAUGAAAACAAAAUUCAGAAGUACAAAGCGAAAUGUAAAAAGCUGGCGAGGCUUAAGUCAAAGAAUGCAGAAAAUACCCUUUCUAGCAGCCGACUUAAAUCCGAUAUUGAAUUGAAACAUAGUUUCGAGGUGAAUGAAGAUCGAUCUUCAAAGGACGAUUCUUUGAAAAUCGCCGAGUUGAAAGUAUUGAUAUCUAAUUUAUCUUCCCAGAAUGAAAAUCACUACCACGAGAAACUCGAAUUAAAAAACUUACUCAGAAGCUACCAAAACGAUUUAGUGGUGUGCAUUAAGGAAUUAUCUAAGCCGGUCUUAAAGUUAUCCUCCAAGGAUCAACCUUCAAAACACGCAGACAAACGAGAAUGGAUAAAAUAUUCUAAAAAUACAAUGCAAGUUGCAAAUGACGCUAGAAAAAAAUCGGAGAAGCUACGAAUUGCACUUAAGGCUAUUAAGAAGCAAUUUGAGAAACUACAAAGCGAGAAUAGCAAUUUACAAAGUCAGCUGGAUGCAUACGCUAACUUUCAAGCAGAGGUUCUUCGUGAGUAUUUUGCUCCUUCAAAUAAACCACGGAGCGAAUGCCUUAAAAAUUCGGUUAGAAAAUACAAAAGAUUGGCUCGGAAAUACAAAGGAUACAAUGAGGUUUUAACUCGUCAAAAUGAGGAAGCUUUGCGAGACCUAAUACUUUACAAAGAGUGGGUGCAAUCCCAGGAUGAAGAAUUAGCGGAAUCAAUUUGUAGAUCUAAGGAAGAAUUAGUCCGUUUGGAGGUUAAGAAAAAAAAAUUGAAAGGGACUUUGGAAAUGAAGAAGUCUGAGGUAAAGCAAUUAGCCAAUCAGCUGACUACUUUCAGUUUUAACUUAGAAGAAUAUAAACAAAAAUUGGAGAAAUGCGAGGCUGAUUUGAUGGCAGCACAAAAAAGUGCUGAGAAACCGUCAACUAAGUCGAUAGAAAUUCAGUGUGGGCAAUCAUUUACUUCACAUGAUUACCUGAAUCUACCCGCUUUCUCUCAAGCUCAACCUGAAUGCCAGUCUAACAGUGCUUUCGAUUCGAAGGCUUCUACCAUCCAAGAAGAAAUUCAGAACGUGGUCUGCUACGAAGGACCUAAUUCCGCGGAUGAGAAUAUUCGGAAUAUCAUUGCUAAAAUCCAUCGUUCAAUCGAAGCAAUAAAAACUAACUCGAAUAGAUCAAUUUCGGAAGCGGGUAAUGUUAGCAGCAAUUCUGACGAAAUUUUUCAACAAGAACCACGGUUGGAAAGGACAUGCAUGCAAGUAAUAUUGAAUGGAAUAUCUUCACUCAAUUUUGGAGACCUGUUGUAUUUGAAUCAGGCAGUCCUUAAUGCUGGCAAUGCGUUUCGUAAAGGGAUUUGCGGAAACAGCCUCUCCGGUUUAAACCAAAAAUGAUUGUGUGAAUGUGAUAUGGAGCAACACGAUUGAGAACAAACAUGAGGACACCUCAAUUAUGUGGAAUAGUUUGUGGAAUAAUGGCUAAUCUACGAAGAGUUGACGAAAUUAGAAUCAAUUUUAAACCAAAACGAAUCAGUAGGUGUUCUUCAGAUUCAAUAAACAUUUUAAAACAA